GUAUUGAAAAAGGCAAUGAUGAAAAAAAGUUGAGAAAACGAAUCAGGGAUUCAGAACAAGAGGUUAUGGAUCUAAAAAAUAAAUUAGUGUGUAAAUCUCUUAAAAAUCUCAAAAAAGGCACCACAACAACAAAUUCUGCCAUGGCACAACAUCCAGCUAAAGUUUUUCAAUGGCAAAGAUUUACUCAGGAUGUCUUCUCAUGCAAUUUUGACACAGACAAUAAAGUAUAUGAGCAACCACAUUUUAUGAAAUUCGAAGAAAUAUCAGAUGAAGACUGUGCAUGUGAGGCUGUUAGUAUCAAUGUUCUUCGACCUCUUAAUUCAAUUGGAUGUAGAUACAGUCCACAAGAAGAAUAUGCACAAUAUACUGUGUUUCCACAUAUUUUAGGAGAACCAGACUUUACAAGAUGGGUCCUUACAUUGAAAAAUGAGCAUCUUGCAGAUAAAUAUGUAAGAAAUUUAGGUGAAAUUAUUACAGAUGAAUCAUCUGGAGUUACCAACAGCAUUGAGCAAAUAUAUGGGCUUAGUGAACAAUCUAUGUUGUUACAAGCUUUUGUGUAUAUACAAUCUCUCACCUACGAAAAUCCAGCAUCUCCAACUCCUCCUCCAACUCCAUUGCA